UUUCUAUAAAGCCAAUUAAAAGAAAUUCUAUAUCUGUCCUUGUAUAGACAAUGAUGAUAGACAAGGAUAGACAUGGUUAUAGGUUAUAAUUUCUCCGAAGCUCUCAUUUUUAUUCCAGGCUUUCAAUCUCAAUUUCAAAGUCGGCGAUAGUAAAGGCGAGAGCAUGGUCCACGUGGUCUCGUCUCGGGACAAUUUAAAAUUGAAAUACGAGUAAAAAGGAGAAGAAGAGAAGGAAAAGGAAGAAAGCCACUAAAAACUGGAAAGUACGAGCUUGAGAUUCAGCUUAUUUGAGAAAUUCAGUUUUUAUCGCAAGAAAGAAGUCAAUCGAGACGGGUAUUCUCAUGUGGAACCAGUAGAACUUGUGAACAAAGGACUCGGGAUGAGGCUGUAUUGUUUGUCCAGCGAACCAACAAAGCCAUGCUUGGUUCUAACUUUCAAAGGAACCACGCUGAUGUUGGACUGUGGCUUGAAUAUGCAAUCCAUCUUGCAUUUCAUGCCUUUGCCCAUGGUUCCCAGCAGCAAGUUUAAUUCCUUGCCGACAUGGCUGCCACGCAAUGACAAUCAGCAAGAUUGGCAAAUCGAGGGUGAGCUGAAAGAAUGUUGCGGUAGAGUCUUUGUGGAUUCAGUUCCGGAGUUCACUCCCCCUUUGGAGAAAAUAAUUGAUUUCUCAGAGAUUGAUGCCAUUUUGAUAUCUAACUACACAUGCAUGCUUGCGUUACCGUUCAUAACAGAGGGCACAGGUUUUAAAGGUAUAAUAUAUGCCACCGAACCGACGUUGCAAAUUGGACGGUUUUUCAUGGAGGAACUUGUAGAAUUCAUUGAGCGGACUCCAAAAGCAACAAUGGCCAGACAUUGGAAGGACAUGUUACAUACUUUGCCAUCCCCAUUGGCGGAGGUUGUUAAACCAAAAUCCUGGAAGCACAUUUAUUCCAUGUCGGCCGUGAACUCGGCGCUAUCAAACAUUCAAAUGGUUGGAUAUGAUCAAAAGCUAGAUAUAUAUGGCGCUCUAACAGUCACACCAAUCAGUUCGGGUUUUUGCUUAGGUAGUAGCAAUUGGUUGAUAUCUAGCGACCAUGAAAAGGUUGCUUUUGUCAGCGGUUCGUCUACGCUCACUACUCAUCCGAAGCCCAUGGAUCAAGUCACGUUAAAGCAUGCCAAUCUAUUAAUUUUGACGGGAUUAACACAAACUCCAACUGCUAAUCCAGACACAAUGCUUGGAGAAUUGUGCAUGACUGUUGCUGUGACUCUUAGAGCUGGUGGAUGCGUCUUGAUACCUUGCUAUCCUUCCGGCGUUGUGUAUGAUUUAUUUGAAUGUCUGAGCACUCAUCUGGACAAGUCAGGCUUCACGCAAGUGCCUUUAUUUUUCAUCUCACCGGUGGCAGAAACAUCUUUGGCUUAUUCGAAUAUUCUUGCCGAAUGGCUGUCGACAAGUAAGCAAAACAAAGUUUAUCUUCCAGAGGAACCGUUUCCACACGCUUUCCUCGUGAAGAAUGCACGAUUGAAGCACUAUACGUCUACGUACGCCGAAGGAUUCAGCAAUGACUAUCGACAGCCUUGUGUCGUCUUCUGCGGCCAUCCCAGUCUCCGAUUUGGCGAUGCCGUGCAUUUCGUGCAGUUAUGGGGCAAUAAUCCUUUGCAUACCGUAAUUUUUACAGAGCCUGAUUUUCCGUAUUUGGAGGCCUUGGCUCCCUUUCAACCAUUGUCUAUGAAAGCAGUGCAUUGUCCCAUUGAUACGUCUCUGAAUUUUACUCAGGCUAAUAAACUUAUUCGAGACUUAAAGCCAGACCAUCUAGUUAUUCCAGAGGUUUAUACGCAGCCUCCUGCAAUGGCACAGCAUAGAACAGAUCUUGUCAUCGAAUCCAUCGGGGAAAAACCCUUGAUUACGUUCAAACGCGGAGAGGUGAUAAAAUUGCCAUUAAAGCGGAAGAAGGGCCGCGUGUUUAUCAAGCCGGAAUUAGCUAGCAGUAUUAUACCGAGUGAAGUGCGACCUGGCUUGAGUCUCGCAUCUGUUACCGGCGAGCUUGAGGUCAAGGACAACGUAUAUACUAUAAAAAAUGUUGAGGACAAACCGAGCGGAAAGAGGAAAAUGUCGUUGGGUUCGCCUGCGCCCAUCAUGGAGGAAGUGUUGAAGGAGCGAAAACACGAGUACGGGAAUCUGGAUCCACAAGAAUUGCUACAAAAGCUCAAUCAGGAAGGCUUUCAUGGGGCCAAAUUACAGCACAGUCCUACCUCUACGGAUAUUCAUUUGCAAGACGAGGACACUCUGAUUCAAAUUGGAGAUAAUUCUACGCACAUUUUCUGCAACGGUGAUCAAAAGAUCCGUAAACGUCUCAGGAGUAUAAUAAUGCAGUGUCUAAAAAGAUUUUGAGGUACAAUAUACAUUUUUGUAGUAUUCUGACAUUCUGUGAGACAAUGUUUUAUACUGCUACACUGUAUAUACAUAUAAUUUAUUGUUUUAAAGCGUA